UGUAUAGAUUUUUGUUAUUUAUACAUUUUAUUAGUUUCUCUCUCAUUUUUUUUUUCUUUUGCUUUGAAUAGUAAUAGUUAACAGGCCCAGAUUCUAUUGCUGUUUGAGUUAUGUAUUAUUGGCUAUAGUAAUCGAUACAUUUUAGAAAGUUUUCGAUUUUGUUUGAAAAAAAGAUAAAAAUGGAAUUCGCUGACUAUAUUAGUGCUCCAAACACAGAAGGCGUAGUUCUCCAUAGGCCAUUUCACCAGCCUCUUGAAGGAACAUUGUGUAUUACUGGACAUCAUUUUAUUAUAUCAUCAAGAGAAAAUAAAGAGGAGUUAUGGAUGUUGCAUCGUAUGGUAGAUUCUAUUGAGAAGAAACUAAGUUUUUAUAAUGGCACUAUUAUACUGAAAUGCAAAGAUUUUCGGAUACUUCAGCUUGACAUUUCAGGAGUGGAAGAAUGCAAUAAUGUUGCCAGUUCCAUUGAAUAUUUAAUGAAUCUAGAGGAUCCAAGAUCAUUUUAUCCAUUUUUUUAUCGAGCAUUGUUUGACAUUCUUGAAGAUGGUUGGACUUCUUUCUUACCUGAAAUUGAAUAUAAUAAAGUAUUGCAAAAUAAAGAAGAAUGGAGAAUCAGUCAAGUUAAUAAAGACUAUUCUGUUUGUCCUACUUAUCCACAAUUGGUUAUUGUACCGAAAAGUAUUGACGAUGAAACUCUGAAAGUAGUUGCUGGUUUUCGUCAAUUUGGUAGAUUUCCAAUCCUUAGUUAUUACCAUAAGGAAAAUAAGGCAGCUUUGUUACGAAGUAGUCAGCCAAUGGUGGGUGCCAAUAAUAAACGUUGCAAAGAAGAUGAACGUUUACUGAAUAUUGUUUUAGGAUCUGGGAAGAAAGGGUACAUCAUUGAUACUCGAUCUCAGAACAUUGCUCUCUUAGCGAGAACUAAAGGAGGUGGAUUUGAACCAGAUGUUAAUUACCCUCUGUGGAAGCGCAUGCAUAAACCUAUUGAUAGAUAUUUUAAUCUUUUAGAAUCUUUAACCAAAUUAGUUGAAGCUUGCAAUGAUAACUCCUGUAGUGUGGAUAAGUGGCUUUCUCGUUUGGAAUCAUCUGGGUGGCUGACUAAUGUGAAGGAUGUGUUAACGUGUGCUUGUUUAGUUGCUCAGUGUUUAGAGCAAGAUAGCUCAUCUGUCCUUGUUCAUGGAGCUGAGGGUACAGAUGCCACUUUAACUGUGUGUGCUUUAACGCAAAUAAUUUUGAACCCUGACUGUCGUACUGUUCAUGGAUUUGAGGCACUUAUAGAAAGAGAAUUUCUUCAAGCCGGACAUCCCUUCAGUACAAGGUGCCAAUGUGGUGCAUAUGCUUCUGCUAAUUCAAGAAGCAGAGAUCAGAGUCCUACUUUCUUAAUGUUUCUUGAUUGUGUACACCAGAUUCAUCAACAAUUUCCAUGUUCCUUUGAGUUUAAUGAACAGUUUCUUAUCACUCUCUUCGAACAUUCUUAUGCAUCUCAAUUUGGAACAUUCCUUGGUAACUGUGAUAAAGAUAGGCAUGAUUUAAAAUUAUCAAAAAAGACGGUAUCCUUAUGGUCUAUGCUUAAUCGAAGUAAUGUUCUUCUAACCUACUUAAAUCCAAUGUAUGAACCAAAUAAUAGUGUCAUAUGGCCAACUGUGGCACCUCAAAGUGUUGUGUUGUGGAGUGGAAUGUAUUUGAGAUGGGUUGUUGACCAAAAGCCGCAACUUGAAGCAUGGACUACAAUUGCUGAAAUUAGGGAAAAGGAAAAAGAACUGCAGUCUAGGACUGCUAAACUGAGGAGGACAUUGCUGGAGUUGGAGAGAGAAGCUGAAUUGGCUGGUAUUAUAAAUCCUCCUGAAGUAGAUUUGCUUUCUUUAGACUCUUGUUGAUGUGACUCGUUUAUUAAUCUCGAUUUAAAUGUAUUCCGUUUUUUGUAUUGUUAUGUUUUUAAAGAUGUAAAUAAAAAAGAAUAAAUUGAAAAUUAUAAUUACUUUUACAUUAUGCAUUAGAUUUGUUUAUUUAUUUUUUUAAUGAUAUUUUGUCUUGUCUGCCGUAUUUUCUUCAGAACUUAUGAUUAUUG